AUGUCCACUGAAACAGUCAAUAAACUUGUGGGAUAUUUCACGAUUACUCCUAAAAGCACUUCCAGCAAAAGUAUUUCAAAGUCAAAGUCAUUAUUCCACCUUGGACGCCGACCGUCGAGCCGUUCCUUAAAGAAUGCUUCAUCUCGAGACAGCGCCUAUUGGUUAAAUCUCACAACCGAAACACCAAUAAAUCCAUAUAGAGAUCUUCCUUUCUACGAAGAAACAAUUUUGUUCUAUGACGAAUCUGAUUUGGAAUUAGUAGCUCCUAAUUUGGGGUACUACUACUCAACAAAGAUCAACCAUCAGGUUAUUCAACUGAAAAAGAAGUACAAUUUACAAUACGAAAUGAUAAGGACAGACAAAGCCAAGAAUGGAAUCCUCAGUCACUCCAUAUCUUGCAAUACACUUCCUAGACUUUUCAAUGAAACAUUCUCGAAUGAAGUCACAGCGUACAAUGUAUAA